AAAUCAAACUUCAUCUUAUUAAAAGCCAACCUCUCUCUCUUUCCCUUUUGAUUUCCUCUCGCUCUGAGUCUCGAGCACAUAUCUAUCAAGUGAAAAACAGAAGCUUUUGUACAAUGGCCGCUGUCACCUCCGCAGCUGUUGCUAUCCCAUCUUUCACUGGCCUCAAGGCCGGUGCCACCCCAGCUAAAGCUAGUGCCACUACCAAGGUUGCAACCUCUUCAGGCCCAAUGCUCAGCAUCAAGGCCUCCCUCAAGGAUGUUGGUGUUGCUGUUGCCGCCACUGCUGCGAGCGCAAUUCUUGCCAGCAACGCCUUGGCCAUCGAAGUCAAGCUCGGUGGUGAUGAUGGGGAAUUGGCUUUUGUUCCCAGCGAUUUCAGCGUGAGUGCUGGAGAGAAGAUUGUCUUCAAGAACAAUGCUGGCUUCCCACACAAUGUUAUCUUCGAUGAGGACGAAAUCCCAAGCGGCGUCGACGCCUCCAAAAUCUCUAUGUCUGAUGAAGAACUACUUAAUGCCCCAGGAGAGGUCUACGCUGUUACCUUGACUGAGAAAGGAACUUACAGCUUCUACUGUACCCCUCACCAGGGUGCUGGCAUGGUUGGAAAAGUGACCGUUAACUAAGUUCUUUGUAAAACUUUUAUGUACGUUUCAUCUCAAACGUCUCUCCUGCUUUUUGAGUGUUAUCAGAGUUUUAAGUACUGGGUAUGAGAAAAUGUAUGAGAUGAAUCUGAAAAGGAAGAGAUGCUUUUGUAUCCUUGACUUACUUUGAAUUUCCGUAGAUUUGGUUGUAACACGAUUUACAUUUUUUUCUUCC